AUGAAAACCAAAUUCAUCCACGGGGUUUCCUCGUCUCGCUCCAUGUCGCUGGGGCUCGCGGUCACGGAGAACGAGCUGCAGGUGCAGCCUGACGCCCGCGAGCACGAGUGGAAGGAGCCGCAGCGGCCCGAGCCGCAGGCCGAGCCGGACACCCGGCAGAGGGCGUGUCUGUGGUGCAGGGAGUUUCUUCACGGAGCGUGGAAGAGCGUGGACGAGAGCGACUUCCACAUCGCCGUCAUCAGAGGAGGUCUGAGCAACAAGCUCUUCCUGUGCAGUCUCUCUGACAGCGUGGACACAGUUGGGGACGAGCCGAGGAGCGUCCUGCUCCGUCUCUACGGCGCCAUCCUGCAGGACAAACCUUCCCCAAAGGAACAAAGUCUUGAGCUCACUAGUUCCUAGGUGAACUUCUCCAAACAUGACGGUACAGUAUGAGAUCUGUGACGUGUCCACACACACACACACACACACACACACACACACACACACACUCUGCUGUCCACAGACACCGCGGGGUCAGCGUGGGGUCAAAGCUCAUCCUGUUGUUGUGAGUGAGACACGAGGAAGAGGACGUGACUCUUCUUCACUGAUUGGCUGUUUGACCUCUGACCUCUCCACUGACCUCUACAGGCUGCAAACAUAGCAGCACUUUGGUUACGAGGGAGUGAUUUUAUUUACGACUCAUAUCGUACAAGUGUUUAUCGCGAUGUUAGCGUAUUAUCGGCCUCUGCACAUUUACGACACAGUGACGUCCUCGCUCGCUCACUCGCUGACGUGCAUGGAUGAGUUUAGUUCAUGUGUUCAUCAUGAUGUCUUCAUUAAGUAUUGACUACAGUCUGUGUCUCACCAGCACAUGAGCCGUUAGCUUUUAUUGCUCCUUUAAAAACGCCGUGUCCUUCGCCGUGGCAACGGCUGCUGCCGUGUCAUCAAAAGCCCGACAUGAGUCAGGAAGUCUGAGCGCUCAGGAACUAAUGACUCAACAGAGGGAACAGUGUUUCUGGGGACGUGUGAGGACAUGUGGGGACAUGCUAUGGUAACACCUGUCGUCCACAGCUUUACAAACACUUUUAUAAAAACAAAUGUUCCACAUGUGAUUUUAUGAUUUGUCUCUGCUUCAGGAACUACAACCCCGUCACAAUAAAAGCAUCUGUGUGGAACUCAAACCCCGUCUACAGAUCCUCUCAUGUCUACAUGUCCUCUCAUGUCCACAUGUCCUCAGUGUCUGUGAACUGGUUCUGUACGGUCUGCUGUGGCGGCGUGGUGGACAGGUGGGUGUUGGCGCUGAUGUGCAGCCUCACAGGUGUUUAUGGACACUCUUGUCUUUGUCUCUUGUUGACAGAUGUCCUGCAAUAAAGGAGACACCCGACUGUCCAACAAAGAAAAUCACGUCCAGGUGAGUGACCUGACGUCUGUCCACUGACCUUUGUCUCUGUGUGACACACACACACACACACAGUUGGAUGAACAGGAAGUCUCAUGUCUGACUCUGUGUGAUGGGGGGCGUGUCCACACGGCCGUAGACUGAAAGAACAGCUGAUGCUGAGGCUCCACCCCCCCCCAAGCUUAUCUCACUGUUGUGUGUGAGUGAUGGACACCACCAGAGAUUAUUCUCCAGAGCUGAGUCAGUGUCACAUGACAGUGAGGUGACGAGGUCAAAGGUCACACACACACAAAACAUAUUGAUGACACAUUUACAAGGUUCAUUGAACGCAUCAACACACUGACCUCUGCAUUAUUUUAUUAAUAUUUGACAGAUUGUGUGUGUGU